CAGAUAGGCUGGGUUCUGAUGGCAAGGAGGAUGGAGAUUCUGCUAACUGGCUGGUUGCCCCAAGGAGUCAGUAGAUUGGGCAGGGGUCACUGGACACACACCCAGGUCAGUGCCUGGCUUAACAAUGCUGUCUCUUCUGCUUUCCCCUGGACCUCCAAACUCUCAGAAUGAUGCUGGGGUUCAGGGAAACAAGCCAGUGAGCUCGCCCAACAUCCCCAGGCCUGGUUACAGGGUCUACCUGGGCAGAUUCUGCCAGGCAUCAGCCCAGACCCAGCCACGGAGGGCUGUAGUUCUUGUCCUCUGAGGCUGCUCAGUGGCUAAUCUUCAUUCCAGUUACAGAAGGCUAAAAAUGAGACAGCCAGCUGAGCAUGGCAGCACAUGCCUGUCAUCCCAGCACUUGGGAGGCUGAGGAGGGGGAUCGCUAUGAAUUUGAGGCCACCCUUGGCUACAUUGGCCAGUCUGAAAUAUAUAGUGAGGCCCUGUCUCAAAAUAACAGCAGCAACAGCAAACAGAUAUGAAGCCUGUGCACGCCUGAGGCGGCAGGAUCACAUAAGUCCCAGCUCAACCUGGGCGACGUAAGGCGAUCUGGUCUCAGAACGAAAACAUAAAAACAGUGGGAUGCACCUCUGUGAGAGAGCUCUUACCAACCACAUUUCCCUGAAAAUAGGACCUGGCAUUGUAUUUAACUUUUGCUCUAAAAGAUGCAGUAGGGCUUUUCCCCCAGAGGAUCUCAUAUUUUAUCAGGUACAACAAUCUCCCUCUAUCCAUGUACAAAAAUCUACAUUUACUCAAACGUGGUCCUGUCAUCUUUUUCUGGAACACUGUCAGAACUCUCCAAACCCCCAAUCCCAGAUUGAAUUUCUCAGGAUUCUGUUUCCUCUAGAAUCACUGGCUCCUGUCUCUCAUGUCCAGCAACACAGCUGUCUUUGAAUGAGCACUUCCUGUCCACGUAGCCUGCUUGGAGUGCACUCGGCGACACAGCUGUCAAUGAUUUUGCCCCCACUUCACCCAGGAAUUCUUCACCCUGGUCACGACCUCUUCCAGGCGGGGCUCCGCAGAGUCUCAAUGACAGGGAGGAGGCUCCUGUGCAUCUCCGCAGCCAACCCUCAGCUGUCUCCUGCCAUCCCGACACUCCCUCCUGGCCCCAGGAUGGCGUCCUGCUGGCACGGCUGGCUGCUCUGGGCCCUGCUCCUGUGCUCCGCCAGGGGCGAGCUCUACACGCCCAUCCACCGAGCCGGCUACUGCACCUCCUAUGAGGAGUGCGGCCCCAACCCGGAGCUGUCGGGAGGCCUCACAUCACUGUCCAACGUGUCCUGCUUGUCCAACACCCCGGCACGCCUCAUCACAGGUGACCACUUGGCCCUCCUGCAGCGCAUCUGUCCCCGUCUUUAUAAUGGUUCCGGUACUACCUACGCUUGCUGCUCCACCAAGCAGCUGCUGUCCCUUGAGAUGAGCAUGAGCAUCACCAAGGCCCUGCUCACGCGCUGCCCCGCCUGCUCCGACAACUUCGUCAGCCUGCACUGCCAGAACACCUGCAGUCCUGACCAGAGCCUCUUCAUCAAUGUCACCCGCGUGGCUCCUCGGGGAACCGGGCAACCACCAGCCGUGGUGGCCUAUGAGGCCUUCUACCAGCGCAGCUUUGCAGAGCGGGCCUACGAAUCCUGCAGCCGUGUACGCAUCCCCGCAGCCGCCACGCUGGCUGUGGGCAGCAUGUGCGGUGUGUACGGCUCGGACCUCUGCAACGCCCAGCGCUGGCUCAACUUCCAGGGAGACACGGGGAACGGCCUGGCCCCACUGGACAUCACCUUCCACCUAACUGAGCCCAGCCAGACCCUGAGAGAUGGGAUGCAGCCAUUGGAUGCGAUGAUCACACCCUGUAACGAGGCCCAGGGCAAUGGCACGGUGGCCUGCUCCUGCCAGGACUGCGCCGCCUCCUGCCCCGUCAUCCCCCCGCCUUCCAACCUGCGCCCCUUUUUCUACCUGGGCCUCUUGCCAGGCUGGGCGGUUAUCAUCAUCAUCUUCAGCUGUGUUUUCCUGCUGCUCACCACCAUCCUUGCCCAACUCCGUGUGACUGCCAGGAGGAAAAAGGCCAGAAGCCAAGGUCCCCCUGUGUCCCCUGUCACUUCGGAGAAACACAGGUGUUCCCCGAACACAGUUCUUGCCCGUUUCUUUGAGAGGUGGGGAAGAACGGUGGCCUCGUGGCCACUGACCGUCCUGGCAGUGUCCUUGGUGGGAGUUGUGGCCUUGGCAUCGGGCCUGACAUUCCUGGAACUCACCACGGACCCCGUGGAUCUGUGGUCAGCUCCCAACAGCCAAGCCCGGCAGGAGAAGGAGUUUCACGACCAGCAUUUUGGCCCCUUCUUCCGGACCAACCAGGUUUUCCUGACGGCAACCAAUCGGUCCAGCUAUAUGUACGACUCCCUGCUGCUGGGGCCCAAGAACUUCAGCGGGAUCCUGAGCCUGGACCUCUUGCUGGAGCUGCUGGACCUGCAGGAGAGGCUGAGGCACCUGCAAGUGUGGUCACCAGAGGCGCAACGCAACAUCUCCCUGCGGGACAUCUGCUACGCGCCCCUCAAACCACACAACACCAGCCUCUCCGACUGCUGCAUCAACAGCCUCCUGCAGUACUUCCAGAGUAACCGCACACUCCUGCUGCUCACCGCCAACCAGACUCUGAUGGGCCAGACAGCCCAGGUGGACUGGAGGGACCACUUCCUCUACUGUGCCAACUCUCCCCUCACCUUCAAAGAUGGCACAAGCCUGGCCCUGAGCUGCAUGGCUGACUACGGGGCCCCUGUCUUCCCUUUCCUUGCUGUGGGGGGAUACCAAGGGAAGGAGUACUCAGAGGCAGAGGCCCUCAUCAUGACCUUCUCUGUCAACAAUUACCCCGUGGAUGACCCCCGACUGGCUCAGGCCAAGCUCUGGGAAGAGGCCUUUGUGCAGGAGCUUCAAGCCUUCCAGCAGAGGAUGGCUGGCACGUUCCAGGUGGCCUUCAUGGCUGAGCGCUCUCUGGAGGAUGAGAUCAACCGCACGACACUCAAGGACCUGCCCAUCUUUGCCAUCAGUUAUCUGGUCAUCUUUGUGUACAUCACCCUGGCCCUGGGCAGCUAUUCUAGAUGUGACCGAGUACUGGUGGAAUCCAAGGUCACUGUGGGCCUGGGCGGGGUGGCCGUGGUGUUGGGAUCGGUUGUGGCUGCCAUGGGAUUCUACUCCUACCUGGGCGUCCCCUCCUCCCUGGUCAUCCUCCAAGUGGUGCCUUUCCUGGUGUUGGCGGUGGGCGCUGACAACAUCUUCAUCUUUGUCCUCGAGUACCAGAGGCUGCCGUGGAUACCUGGGGAAAGUCGAGAGGCCCACAUUGGACGAGCCCUGGGCAGUGUGGGCCCCAGCAUGCUGCUCUGCAGUCUGUCAGAGACCAUCUGCUUCUUCCUGGGGGCCCUGACUCCCAUGCCAGCCGUGCGGACCUUUGCCCUGACCUCUGGCCUGGCAGUCUUCCUGGACUUCCUGUUGCAGAUUACUGCCUUUGUAGCCCUGCUCUCUCUGGACAGCAAGAGGCAAGAGGCCCUCCGGCCUGACGUCCUCUGCUGCAUGGGCCCCCGGAAGCUGCCUGCCUCGGAGCAAAGCGCGGGCCUCCUGCUCUGCUUUUUCCGCAAGAUAUACGUCCCCUUCCUGCUGCACCGGGUCACCCGCUGGGUUGUGCUGCUGCUAUUCCUGAUCCUGUUUGGAGUGAGCCUCUAUUUCAUAAGUCACCUCAUCGUGGGACUGGACCAGGAGCUGGCAUUGCCCAAGGACUCCUACCUGCUCGACUACUUCCUUUCUCUGAACCGAUAUUUUGAGGUGGGGCCCCCAGUGUACUUUGUCACCACCUCGGGCUACAACUUCUCCAGCGUUUAUGGCAUGAACGCCAUCUGCUCCAGUGCAGGCUGCGACCCCUUCUCCUUGACCCAGAAGAUCCAGUAUGCCACCGAGUUCCCUGACCAGUCGUACCUGGCCAUCCCUGCCUCCUCCUGGGUGGACGACUUCAUUGAUUGGCUGACACCAUCCCCCUGCUGUCGCCUUUACACCUCAGGUCCCAAUAGGGAUGAGUUCUGUCCUUCAACUGAGAGUGCCUUGAGGUGCUUAAAGUACUGCAUGAGCUUCACUUCGGGGCCUGUGCGGCCCACAGUGGAGCAGUUCCACAAGUACCUUCCCUCGUUCCUGAGUGAUCUGCCCAACAUCAACUGUCCCAAAGGUGGCAUGGCAGCAUACAGUACCUCUGUGAACCUUAGUGCAGAUGGACAGGUUGUAGCCUCCCAGUUCAUGGCCUACCACAAGCCCCUGAAGAACUCACAGGACUUCACAGAGGCCCUGCAGGCUGCGCACUUGCUGGCGACCAACAUCACUGAAGAGCUGCGGAAGGUGCCGGGGACGGACCCGGCCUUCGAGGUCUUCCCUUACACGGUCACCAAUGUGUUCUACCAGCAGUACGUGACCGUGCUGCCCGAGGGCAUCUUUAUGCUCGCACUGUGUUUCCUGCCCACCUUCGUGGUCUGUUACUUCCUGCUGGGCCUGGACUUGCGCUCCGGCCUCCUUAACCUGCUUGUCAUCAUUAUGAUCCUUGUGGACACCAUCGGCCUCAUGGCCAUGUGGGACAUCACCUACAACGCCGUAUCCCUCAUCAACCUGGUUGCGGCGGUGGGCAUGUCGGUGGAGUUUGUGUCGCACAUCACCCGUUCCUUUGCCAUCAGCACCAAGCCCAGCCGGCUGGAGAGGGCCAGGGAGGCUACAGUCUCCAUGGGCAGUGCGGUGUUUGCCGGUGUGGCCAUGACCAACCUGCCAGGCAUCCUCAUCCUGGGCCUUGCUGAGGCCCAGCUCAUCCAGAUCUUUUUCUUCCGCCUCAACCUCCUGAUCACCAUGAUGGGCCUGGUGCACGGCCUGGUCUUCCUACCUGUCAUCCUCAGCUACCUGGGGCCUGAUGUCAACUCAGCUCUAGCGCUGGAGAAAGAGUGCAUGCAGAGGGUGGCCACAGCCCCCAAGGCCUCCUUCUAGAAGUAGCCCCUGGCUCCCAGUGCUGCCACCAACACCUGUGUCAACCACAGCUUUGAUGGCCCUGUCAUGGUAGCUGGUGCCAACUGUGGCCUGUGCCCAGGAAUGGAUGGGAGCGCUGAUGGGCCAGCCUUGCCUGGCUCUGCACCGAGGGCCACCGGUCUUCCCUGUUGGGGGGCCCUUCCUCUACCCACUCCUCAGGGCAUGGGAAACCCUGUUCCAGGAAGGUGACCAUCACACUGGCCAUGAGCCUGUCCAGCAGCACUGUGGUGCUGCCUUGUGUCCUUCAGGCCUCGGUCAGCUGAGAUGGCCUUCUCCUUCCAGGCCAGUCUCAGAGCCUCUGGCUAGAUAUACUCCAUGUUUAUUCAGGGCUCAGACUCCUUCACGGGUGCCCGCUUCUCACCCAAUUCUUCCUUCUUUUAUGUCUCUUGUCAGAAAGUCUCCAUUCUGGAGUCAGGUGUGUUGGUGCAUCUCUGUAAUCCCAGCACUCAAGAGGCUGGGCAGGAGGAUCACCAACAGUGGUGGUGGCACAGGAUGAGGGAGUUGUUUGGGGCAGGGGUGGCAUAACUCUAUUCCUGGGCACAACCAGUGAAGUGAGGAGAACCGAAAGGUGGAUCCAGGAGGGAGGAACUCACUGUAAAUGACUACUGUAUUUGGCUUGUUUCUUUUCUUUCUUUUUGAAACAGGGUGUUUCUUUGUAGUCUAGGCCAGUCUGAACUGUGCAUUCCUGGGCUGGCUGGAAUUUGCUAUAGUGUCUCAGCUUCUUGAAUGCUGGGAUUAUAAUCAUGUGCCAGAAUGCCUGACUCUCUCAUAACACUUUUUUUGUCAAUUUUUUUGAGACAAAGUUUCCCUAUUGUAGUCCAGGCUAGCCUUAUGUAAUAGAAAAUGGCUCCCCAGUCAGUAUACUUGAGUUUCUUAGUUGCCCAGGUAACAGUUCCUAUUCCAGUUCUGGUUGCUUCUGUCCCCUAGAAACAGCUGAUCACUGUGAUGCAUAGCUGGUCACUAUGAUGCACAUUGCAUAAACCAACCUCCAAUUGACAAGCCAUGCUGCCUCUGUACUUCCUGCUUGCUUAUCCCAUAUAAGCCCUAGACCACCAGAGACCAGGGCCUGAUAUUCUGAGAAUGGCCCUGAUCGGUGCCUGUCAAUGUAAAUAAAUCUGCCUCCAAA